AUGCCAUUAAUGCCUCCACUACCAAAGAAACGAGUAAACGAGUCAGCCCCAUUUACAUAUACAGGAGUAGACUAUUUUGGACCAAUUAUUGUGAAAUCAGACACUGGAAGCAAAAAAGUAUGGGUUUGCUUAUAUACAUGUCUAGUGGUUCGAGCCAUACAUAUGGAAUUAAUGCAAGACAUGUCAGCAGAGGAAUUCUUACUAGGCUUUCGAAGGUUCAUUGCUCGCUGGGGUAACCCAAAACAUAUAAUUUCAGAUAACGGAUCCCAGUUCAAAACUCUCUUAGCUGAAUCUGAAGCAGUGGUGAAUUCUAGACCACUUGUUUAUAUUGGAGAUGACAUAAAUUCCAAUAUUAUUAUUACACCAGCACACUUUCUAACUCUGAACGCUAAAACAGGAUUUCCAGAUCAUAACGAAGAAGAUUCUACAGAUCCAGAAUAUUUACCGCAAAUCAGCAGUGCUAAAAAAUUGCUAUUGACAUGGAAGAAAGGACAGAAACAUCUAAAUAUGUUUUGGAAAACAUGGAGAGAUGAGUAUCUCCUUAGUCUACGUGAAAGAACUGCCAACAAAUUAAGGAGUGGAAGAAUUCAGAGCAAAACUCCAGCUAAGGUUGGUGACAUAGUGUUAAUUAAGGAAAACCUUCCACGAGGAAGUUAG